AUGCCAUGUCGAUCGCGAGAAACGCAUACUUGCUUCUUCCUCCUCUCUUCCUUGGCAAUUCAGGAGAGAAGAGCUGAAAUUAGUAGAUCCAGAGAUCUGAGCUUGGCGCUUCUUCAAUUAUGUAGAUCUCUUAGGUUUGGCGAUGCGUCCAUUAGCAUUGGAAUUUUCAGAUUUAGAUUCAAUUCAGAUUCUUCUGUGAUUGAUUCAGAGCCCGGUGCUUUUGCAAUUGAUAAGUUCGUAUUGCUGACUGAAUUUUCGGUUGUGCUUGCAGCUUCUAUUGUAACCAAGUCUGGGAAAGUUCUUGUCUCCAGGCAGUUUGUGGACAUGUCUCGUAUACGGAUUGAAGGUCUUCUGGCUGCAUUCCCCAAGUUGGUGGGUACAGGAAAGCAACAUACAUAUGUUGAGACUGAGAAUGUGCGCUAUGUGUACCAGCCAAUUGAGCUUAUGUACUUACUGCUGGUGACAAAUAAGCAGAGCAACAUUCUUGAAGAUCUUGAGACUCUUCGACUCCUCUCUAAGCUGGUACCCGAGUAUGCUAUGUCUCUUGAUGAAGAGGGUAUUUGCAAGACAGCUUUUGAGUUGAUUUUUGCAUUUGAUGAGGUCAUCUCUCUUGGGCACAAGGACAAUGUAACUGUUGCCCAGGUGAAGCAGUACUGUGAGAUGGAGAGUCAUGAAGAGAAAUUGCACAAGCUGGUGCUUCAGAGCAAGAUCAAUGAAACCAAGGAUGUCAUGAAGCGAAAAGCUAGUGAGAUUGACAAAAGCAAGCUUGAAAAGAAUCGGGGCGAGAAGGGAGGAUUCAUGUCUCUACAAUCAAUGGGCUCUGGAAGAGUCGAGAGUAGCUUCAAUGAUAUGAGUCUUUCUAGCAGUGGGAGUGGUUUUGGAAGUGGUUCUGGGUUUGGAUUGAACACUGAUGUUGACUCGUUCUCUAACAAGUCAAAAGGUCGUCCACCCUCAUCUGCUACUGCACCCGCUAAAGGUCUUGGCAUGCAACUUGGUAAAACUCAAAGGACAAACCAGUUUUUGGAGUCUCUGAAGGCAGAAGGUGAAGUCAUCAAUGAAGAUGUGCAACCGAGCACAGGUCAAGUAAGAGCUGUUGCAGCACCACUAACUGACCCGAUCACUCUUACUGUUGAAGAGAAGCUGAAUGUUACACUGAAACGGGAUGGUGGAAUCAGCAACUUUGAUGUUCAAGGACAAUUGUCACUUCAGAUUCUUAACCAGGAAGAUGGGCUGAUCCAAGUUCAGAUUGAAACUAGCCGGAACCAAGGUGUCAUUUUCAAGACUCAUCCGAACAUGAACAAGGAACUAUUUGCAAAUGAAAAUAUUCUGGGCUUGAAGGACCCAAAUAGGCCUUUUCCUACUGGUCAAACUGGUGAUGCUGCUGGAGUUGGUCUUUUGAAGUGGAGAAUGCAAAGUGGAGAUGAGUCAAUGGUGCCACUAAUAAUCAACUGCUGGCCCUCUGUGUCUGGAAAUGAGACAUAUGUCAGCAUUGAAUAUGAAUCUUCGUCCGCCUUUGAUCUGCAGAAUGUGUUAAUCUCAGUUCCUCUUCCAGCUCUAAGAGAGGCACCACGUGUCAGGCAGGUUGAUGGAGAGUGGAGGUUUGAUUCCCGAAAUUCGGUUUUGGAAUGGUCUAUUCUUCUUAUCGAUAACUCGAACCGCAGUGGAUCAAUGGAGUUCGUUGUACCCCCAGCAGAUGCAUCGGCUUUCUUCCCCAUUUCUGUCCGAUUUUCAGCUGCUAGCACAUACAGUGAUGUGAAGGUUGCCACUGUCAUUCCUCUCAGAGGCGGAGCUCCUCCAAAAUUCUCUCAGAGGACGCAGUUGAUUACGGAGAAUUACCAAGUAGUCUGA